CUCUCAACCUUGUGUCUUGGGCGAAUUUUGUUGUAAGCAUCAUUGUACAUACUCUACGCGGCAAUUCUAACCGGGAGCUUCGUAUUUAUUGUCGUUUUCUUUGUUUAGCCCAAGAAAGGCGGGAUUGAACUAGAAUGGACCCAUUUUUGAAGCCUUCUACGCCAUCGCGCAAGCAAGCAGAUGGGGGAAACCGAGCCGCAUUGGUAGAAAUUAAUGGUCAAGAGGAUGCAUUGCAUGCGAAUCUUCCGGUGACGCCUUUGCAAACAGCUCCAGGUAAGGAGAACACAGCCCCAGGAUCAGUACCCUCUGCCGUGUUUCGGCCGCAUAAGGACAUAUUUCCAUUAGGGGAGCACAAGUCUCCCGUGAGUCUACGAGGAGUACCCAAAGAUUAUGAAAAUGAAGAAUCGCACUCUGUCUCUUCAACAAAAAGAUCUAUCUUUGAUCACGAGGCAAAUACUGACCAAGAUAUUGAGACCGAAGAACACUUAACCAAGUUUGCUGAACGCUCUGAACAUAUUCAUGAUAUCAAAGCAUGUGCCGAACACCUUCGAUUGCGGCUGCAAUUGGCCAUGUACAAAGUCAAGGUCAAUCAACCUUACUCUCCUCUGCACGAUUUGCCCAUUAUCGCCAAAAACAAGCUACAUCAUUUACCGAAUACUCCAUGUAUCACCUCCGUUUGGAAGCAAAAAACUAUCCCUUUUGACCGUUCACCCUCUCCUCAACUAUGUGAAGAUAGCUUUUGCACAGUUGACUCGCCCACCAAGUCCACCCCCUCUAAUACCAGACAUACCCAAUUGCACAGUCUCUUUACUCCCCAGUCAUCUGGUUUGGAUGAUCUAGUAGCUGAAAAUCAAACUCCUUCUCCUUUGAAAAUACAUCAUCACCCUUUAUCGAAAGCAUCUUCAUCUCACUCGCUUUGGGCUCGCCAUGGAAAACUGACAAGAAGCGUGUCCCUUCUUAACAACCCUACACCCAAGCGAAUUCGUCCCCGGUCUCUUUCAAAAAGUUAUUCUACUCCUUUGAAGGCUUACAAAGGACUGAAAAAGUCCCCAGCAAGCAAUUCUUUCACAGGCCCUCCUACACCAAUCUCUAUCACAAACACACCCGAAAACUCCUCCACAUGUACUUCUUACAAGAACCAAAGCCUUUACAACAAGACACCGAUACAAACGCAUGCCCCAAAAGGACGCUUAUCUGAUUUUGGGAUGUUGAGGUAAAUAUCUAAAAACUCUAUUCCGCCCGUUUCCAUUAUUCGCCAUUUUUUAGAAAAUGGCCCCUUGUUUCAGAGUGUUAGUAACCUUUUUUUUUUCGUUAUUCCUCUUAACCUAUAUAUACUAUUCACACAUUGUGUUUCUUUUCCGAUGGUAUCCCUAUUUUAAUUUAUCUUUUUGGACCUACUAUAAUACUGUUCACGCUCUUUAUUACCUUUCGAUUGUACUCGUUCAUCCUUAAUUUACCCUAUUGUUCAUGAGCUUCAAAGAAUAAAAAUUAUACUGAACAUUUCACUUAUUUCCUGUAUAGUCUAUUUGUAAUGAACUCUUAUGCACUCCAGUCAAAAUUAUCCCCUCCGUUGCAAGUCCAAUACUUCAAAACACCCCGAACUACUUCUUUUGCUCGCUGCCGAUCGGCAUUCGUUCGUUUCCACUCCUCAUAAUUUUUUUUCUCUAAACUAGGAUGCUGGACAUCUUGCAAGAUGCGCAUCAUAGCCUUUCUGGAAAUUAUAGUUUGCGAACGAUCGGUAUCUUUUGCCUUUUUACCGGCUUGAAUACCAUUAUGAAUAACUUGAGUUGUAUUCAACUGAUUCCCGAUCCAUAUUAGAACAUUCGUGCUGGUAGCAAUACGGAUACCUGGAUCUACUAAUUUCGAGAAUGAAAAUUUUUUUUUGGUUGCUAAUACCUGAAACGGUUGAAACGUGUAAUUCCCAGACACUUGAUUCAAAAGUCCCAUACAUCGACCUGAGGGACCAAAUGCUCUUUUCAUCGACGUAUUAACAAUUGCGCUUUCAGGAAGGACUAAUGACGAUAAGUAUAUUGGUUCAAUAAGCAAGCUUGUUUGCGCAUUCAAAAUGGAAAGGUAUUGUUUAGAAGAAAUCUUGUCUGAACAGCUUUUGCUCCAACUGAAGGGAGCAUCAGCGCGACCAGGUUUCGUUCGUACUAUACCCAACUGGCCAAAGUCAGUUCGGCCACGCAUGGGUUGGUCUGCUAGUGAAGCCAUGUUCCAAGGUUCACUAUUUUCUAAGCUGUUUGCUAAUAGCUCCAUGCUUGCAUCACCGCAUGGGCAUUCUGAAACAUAUAGAUGGAGCUUUAAAUUUGGUUUCAAACAGAACUUUUUCUCAUUUCUCUUUUCCAAAAGCCAUGCUUUACUUGGUUCAUCGUUGUAAGAUCUGCAAUGUUCUAAUAGAAGCCUUAAAUGAGAAAACAUUAGUACCUUCCUUAAAUAAAUAAAAAUCGUACCGGUUAAAGCAUCGUAAAGCUAGUACCUCAGCAUGGCAAUCAUGUAAGACACUUCCAAAUUGAU